UUAAGCGUAUAAAGCUUAAAACUUUUUCAAAAAUUAUAUUCAUAAGAAUAUUGUUGUACAUUCAACAUGUUACAAAAAAUUUUUGCUUUAUUCGUAUUUCUCUCAAUUAUUGCUUCAUUAUGUGGCGAACCAAAUUUACCACCUGCAAAUAAAAUAUGUCCAACAUGCCGUAAAUAUCAAGGAAGCAUAGAAAUGAUUGACAUUGAGAAUAACUUCAAUUGGGUUGUUUACUAUGAAGGCAAUCCUGAUUAUUCCGUUUUCUACAGAUCAUUCAAGUCAACACCAGGCAUUAGGGCCUUCUAUCAUAUUAAAGAUCCAAUGAAACCGGUUCCUGAACCUCUUACCGACGUAGACCUCUGUAGCAUGCACAGUUUAAGCAAUGGUUUAGAAUCAUUUUACCAAUUGACAACAAUUUUGGCAAGUUUUAUUCUACCAGUGGGACUACCAUGCAAGGAAGCAACGGGAAAACGACCAAUACCGGCAAAAGUCAGCAAAACAUCGUACUACAUAAACAGAGAACCAACUCCAUGCAAUGAAUUCAAUAUUACACUUGAACUUGCGACUCUUGAAUCAAAAUUAAAUCCCUACAUGAUAUUGACAUUUAGAGUAACGAAACCAGGAAAAAAAUGCGAUACAUCGCCACCAAAAAUACCAACAACAAUAAAUGCUCCAGAACCAACUGAACCAACAAAACCAAAAGCACCAAAAGAUACUGAACCGCCAGAAGCAAAAGUUGGAUAAACCUCUUUUUAAUUAUAGAGGCAAAAUAUUAUACUUUUUGGGUUUUUAAAAAUAAAAACAAUAAUUGUGUGUAUUAACAAUACAUAAAAUGCAAUUUGUAUCAAUAAAAAGAAAUGAAGUUAAUGUUAAAAA